GUGUCCGGGCCGCGGGCCGGAGCGGGUCUUGCGCGCUGAGGAGGAGCCGCCGCCGCCGUCGCCGUCGCCGCCGCUGCCGCCACCGCUACCGAGGCCGAGCGGAGCCGUUAGCGCCGCGCCGCCGCCGCCCGCCCGACCCGGAGCAGCCCCGGGCCAUCCCGCCCGCGUCCAGAUCUUAAGAAAAUACAAUGUCUAAUGGUUAUGAAGACCACAUGGCCGAAGACUGCAGGGAUGAUAUCGGGAGAACAAAUUUGAUUGUCAACUACCUCCCUCAGAACAUGACCCAGGAGGAGUUACGAAGUCUGUUCAGCAGUAUUGGUGAAAUCGAAUCUGCAAAACUUAUUCGGGAUAAAGUCGCAGGACACAGCUUGGGCUAUGGCUUUGUGAACUACGUGACUGCAAAGGACGCAGAGAGAGCAAUAAACACGCUGAAUGGCCUGCGGCUCCAGUCAAAGACCAUUAAGGUGUCGUAUGCUCGCCCAAGCUCAGAGGUCAUCAAAGAUGCCAACUUGUAUAUCAGCGGGCUUCCGAGGACCAUGACCCAGAAGGACGUGGAGGACAUGUUCUCUCCGUUUGGACGAAUCAUCAACUCUCGGGUCCUCGUGGAUCAGACCACAGGUUUGUCCAGAGGGGUUGCGUUUAUCCGGUUUGACAAACGGUCGGAAGCAGAAGAGGCAAUUACCAGUUUCAAUGGUCAUAAACCCCCAGGUUCCUCCGAGCCCAUUACAGUGAAAUUUGCAGCCAAUCCCAACCAGAACAAAAACGUGGCGCUGCUGUCCCAGCUGUACCACUCGCCAGCUAGACGGUUCGGAGGCCCCGUGCAUCACCAGGCGCAGAGAUUCAGGUUCUCCCCUAUGGGUGUAGAUCACAUGAGUGGGCUUUCUGGUGUCAAUGUCCCAGGCAACGCUUCUUCGGGCUGGUGCAUCUUCAUCUACAACCUGGGUCAAGAUGCCGAUGAGGGAAUCCUCUGGCAGAUGUUUGGCCCCUUUGGUGCCGUUACCAAUGUGAAAGUGAUUCGCGACUUCAACACCAACAAGUGCAAAGGCUUUGGUUUUGUGACCAUGACAAACUAUGAAGAAGCCUCGAUGGCCAUAGCAAGUCUGAACGGCUACCGUCUGGGGGACAAAAUCUUACAGGUUUCCUUCAAAACCAACAAGUCCCACAAAUAACUCGCUCAUGCUUUUUUUGUACGGAAUAGAUAAUUAAGAGUGAAGAAGUUGAAACUUUUUUUGUUAGUGUACAACUCAUUUUGCGCCAAUUUUCACAAGUGUUUGUCUUAGUCUAAAUGAGAAGUGAAAAGGUUUUUAUACUCUGGGAUGCAACCGACAUGUUCAAAUGUUUGAAAUCCCACAAUGUUAGACCAAUUUUAAGUUUCUUAAGUUAUUUCCUUUAAAAUAUAUAUUAAACAGAAAUCUAAGUAGACUGCAUUGACUAGCCAGUCCCUCGGGAUGGUGGUGAAACUGAAGCAUGCUUUAACUUCUGAGACUGUCUAACACGCGUUUCAUUCGAUGUUUCCACAAACUGGAUAGACACAAACACACAAAAGAAAUGACCUUUUUAGUUUUUAAACGAAAGAUGUUAGACAGAUGCUGAGUGUGUGUUUUUCUCAACCGCUUCAACAUUUUAAGCGAUUUCUGCUUUGGUUGACAGGAAAUUGCUUUCCCAAGCAGGUCCCAAUGCCACCUCCUGCUCACUCAGCCGAGGGGCCCUGGCAGUGGCAGUGGGUCUGUCUGCCGUGGGCCACCACCGGGGAGGGGGGCGGGGCCGCACACCAGGCUGGGCCAGGCCCUGCAGAGGACACAAGAGGGUUUCGUUAAGCCCAGGCGCCAAUGGGAAUGGACCAAAGAGUUUCAGGGAAACUCCAGUAUAUUCCAGAGUCAGACCUAAGCUCCAGGCACGCCUGAAGACGUAUUGCUAUUCUGACAUCCCGAAUUUCUGUCCACACAUUGCAUGCACGGUGCCCCCACACGUCGGAUACUGUUGUUCACAAUCAUUUCUCCAGUUUCCAAGAGCAUUGAACACAGCUCGAAUGCGUAAGAUAGCUCUAUUUUUUAAUGACACAGAAACAUUUGAGCAUUGUAUUUCUCGCAUCCCUUCUCGUGAGCGCUAGACUUUUUUCUAUUUUAGUCGGGUUUUGUUUUGAAAACUUUGCUUUCGUAUGAACACUCAGCAGAAAAGUACUUAACUUCCUGCCAGUUACCUAUUAACAAAAAAAGAAAAAAAAAAAACCCUUUGAUUUGUAGUUUUAAAGAUUAACCCUCAAAGUUCUCUUCAUAACUGCCUUGACAUUUUGGGUUGUUCUGUUCUGUUAAUUUUCUUUUGCUUUUUUGUGUUUUUUGUUUGUUUUUACUUUUGCAUUUAAGACCAUUAAAUUUGAUUUUGUUUUGCUCGAAUUUUGUUUUGUUUUUUAUUUUACCUUUUCUUUCUUUUUGGCUAGGUAAGGUACAGACGGCCCAGCAUUCAGGGAGGAUUUAUAGGAUCUUAAGAAACAAAUAGACUUGCCUCAAGACAAAAGCAUUUACAAUUUUGUGACGUUAGGAUUGUGCCGUCACAGGUGGUGUAUUUUAAAAUGGGGAGCCAGCAGGGAGAGUCUGAGAGAGGGCCUGAGAAGUAAGUGGGCAGGGCCCGACCUCUGGCCAACUCCUCAGGAGCGUGAUCUGAUUUUUAUAAAUCACUAGUGUACAAGAGAAUCGAAAACAGGAUGGCUUAGUACCAGCAGUUUUUAACCUUGACAUGAGACUAAAAACAUGUAACGAUAGGCUGUUUUUUAGUUAUUGGUAUUAUGGAAUUGUGGCAUUACUUAUUUAUCUGUCUAUUUAUUUAAGUGGAAAACAUUGGGCAGUAGGCACAGCCUACCCCAGAGUGGGUCCAUGUCCGAGAAACCCCUGGACAAUUUGAGGCUGCCUGUCCCUGAUGCACCCCCACAACCCCAUACUUCAUUGAGGGGCUGCCGGCUACUUGCAUUAUCCUCCCGAAUUUACAGUGUUGCCACGUUCUCUUCGCAAAAGGGGUCAAGUACACACCUCGAGGCCUUGUCUCAUAAGUUGGCCAAGUGCCCAUAGAGGACCUCCUUCCUCCAGCAGAAUGUUCCAGAUGCUAGGUCAAAGCCAGCUUACGUGCCUCCUUCUGGAACCAAGGCCCAUUUGUUUGCCCGGAUUCAACACAAAACAGGGUCCCUGCUCUGUGUGCCCCAGAGCGCUCUUCCCCACCAGGACUGGAAAAAUAGGCCCUGUAGGCUGUGCUAGCCUCGGGCCAACAUCUUCCCAGCAAAGAUGAGAUUCCCAGUUCUGAGGGACCCUAAGUCUCCUCGCUGACACCCAUUCCAGCCAGCCCUCACUAGUGUCAAUUUCCUAGGAGCAGUCUGUCCGAGGCAUAAACUGUAGUGACGGGCUCACAGCCGGCACCGAAGCUUCUCUCCUCCCUCUGUUGUAUUGGAAUCAUAUUGAUUAUCCUGAUGCUGGCGCAGACGGGAAGGAAACGUGAAGUACAUAGGGACCUUUAAAAGUCGCCUAGUUUCUCAGUAAAAUUCUCAUGUUACGUGAUCCCCACUCUUUGAACAGACUUCUAGCCAAAAACUCCAGUGUGUUUCUUUGGGAGUUUUGCAAGUGUGGGGGAGGAUUUUGCCUUUGACAUGUUACUCCUGAAAAGUAAUUGUCACUCCCGGGGAAGCGCCAGAUGCUAGCCCUGUAUCCGAAAAUUUCAUUGUCAUCUUCUCUGGGCUGGUUUGCAAAAGGAAGGUCCCAUUUUUUUUUAAGUCACAAUUCGAAAGAAAAUAUUUUUUAAAAAUUUUUACGUAGAUCAGUCAUAUUUGUAUUUCAUAAGAUGAGUGCUCACCUUUUAUUUGGAAAUUUCGAUCAGAAAGAAUUAAGAGUAGAUGAUUUUAAUUGAUCCAAAGUUUAGUUUGGUACUUAAAUACCAAAGAAGCUUUGAUUGAAUACUCCUUUGGCCUCUGUAACUUCCCCUGAUAGUUGUUCACUAAGCAGCUCUGAAUUUAUGAACCUGGUUCCAGUUGAAUUAUCCAUUCUUUACCCUUCGGCUUUGCCUUUCUUUAGCUUUUCGAUAUAACAUGCCAAGCUGUGGUUUUCUGCACUGGCUGUGCCUCUAGUCACACGUCCAGUGACCGGGACUCUCCCCCCACCCGCAGUCACCCUCUUGCCAGAAUAGCUGAAAGCUGGGCUUUCUCAUGGGCAGAUGGUGCCGGGUGGGUUUCACCUUCUUUAUUUCCUGAAGGUGAGUCUUUCCCUUGCCAAGGGCAGCUGCCUUAACCUCUGAGAGCCUGCACUUGGUGUUAGACCCAGUGCCCAGGGUCUGAACCUUGCUGCUUUAAGAGCCGGCACCUCCACGCUGGCAGCUGGCGGGGAGCCCUGCUAGACCAGACAGACAAAUGAAUCCCGAGACAGUUACUGGCAAUAACUUAUCCUGGUUUGCCUCCAGACGAAGGCCAUGGACUGACCCCAUCCUGCUGUUGGCCUUGAAAAUCCGAGUUAACAUCUCCCAGCUGUCCCAGUUCCCACCCUCAGCCCAACUGGACCUCUCUGUGCUCUUUGCAGCCUUCCUGGGCUGGGUCACAGAGAAUGAGAAUAAGCUGCCAAGGGCCUCUCUUUCCCAACCCCCACCCCAGCCCUCCACCUGAACUCUUUCCCGCCUUCCCCAGGACCUGUGGCACCUCCUGGGACCUGAGGCAGCUCCUCAGGAAACACCUCCUGCUGCUUUUCAGAUCCCCAGGCCUGGCCCCCAACCACAGUCACCAGUGCUUUCCGCUGAGUGGUGUUGAGAACUGACACUUUCUCAGGAUAGCGGUAGGACCUGCUGCCGGUUCGCAUCUCCACACCUUUUGGUUUGCCUCGGGCUUCUGAUGAUUGUGUUUUCCCACAACCCUCUGGUGACAGAGUUCAGUUCUCCACUUGGUCAUUAAAAUCACAAAAAUCACUCCUUGUAAUUCCCGCGAGGACCUCAGUUAGGCUGACUGAUGGUUGGAGCAGCGCCUCAGGAGGACUGUUUGACUUCCACCCGGAGAAAAGGCUUGUCCGUUGGUUGGGGGGCCACCUCUUUACCGUGUAACGUUCCGUUUACAGUGACUUGCUCUGGGGGGCACUUUACCACCUGGUUCCCGUGUUGUACAGUAGAUGGCUAGACAUUUUGUAUAUUAGUGUGUUUUAAGUUAUUGAUUUGUUUUAUAUAAAAUAAUUUAUUUUUCAGGUACCAUUUUUCAUUUUAACUUUGUUUUUACCUGGGUUUGUUUUCAAUAAAGUAUGACACUGCUGUCCAAAAGUCAACAAUAAAAUGAAUCCCAUUGUGUUCUUUGGAGGAUGCUUAUGUAACUAGCUUUUUUUUUUUUUUUGGAUUUUCAGAAAGAACAAAAAGUCCUUCUCAGUUUUCCAUCUCCCCAGUUUGCCUUUUUAUUCUUGUGAAUAAAUGUUCUUUAGUGUUUUAGGAGGAAAAAGCAAACCUAGAUUUUGAUAAUCCAGAAGAUUUCAGAUUAAUAAAGAAGCUUUGAAAGAAGACCAUUUUUCAAAAUUUUAGUGAAGUGUGAAUAUUUUUUGUCAAUGGCUUUCUCAAAGAGAAUGAAACUUUUGCACCAUUUUCAGAGUUUUUAUAGAGAUGCCAAAUUGAUAUAUUUACAUGUAAUGGAAACAUGAAAAAGUUUUAUUAAACAAUUGUUCAUAGCUGUGUAGACAUUUUAAUUCAGUUUCCAAAGCUCUCAAAGUGUAUUUUUGGAGUACGGAGUGGUAAUGGUUUGGGGUGUCACAAUUCCAAACGACUCGAUUGUCCAAAUACUUAGUUCUUUUCACAGGUAUCAGGUUUGUGUUAAACACUGUAUGUUAACUAUGACUGGAAUUCUGUGAUAUUUUGGUAAUAAAUGAAGUGGGAUCGUUGA